AUGUCUAUGAUAGAUAAUUACACUUGAAUUGAUUUAUUUGUUUCUAUCGAAUUCGGCUGGACUCAUGAAUUAAAUGAGAUAAGAAAGUGAAAUCAAGCCUAUUUCUCUAUUAAAUCUCUUAUUUAUUUGUCUAAAAAUUUUUACCAUUUUAUACAAGGAAAUGAAAUAGAAAUAUUCAAUAUAUGUGUAAUAUACAUUAAUAUGGUGGAAACGACCCGACCUAUUGGAGCAAUUCUCUCAACACUUGCAGGGAACACCCAGAUGGGAAAGCAAAGCUGAAAAGCUGACCCUACAUCCUUGGUGUACAUAUAA